UAUUGCAGGGCUGCUGCAAUGUGGAUUCAGGUGCGCACAAUGGAUGGGAAAGAGACCCAUCGGGUCGACUCCCUGUCCAAGCUCACUAAAGUGGAUGACUUGCGCAUCAAGAUCAUGGAGCUCUUCAAGGUUGAGCCCGAGAGACAGAGGCUGUUCUACAGGGGAAAACAGAUGGAGGAUGGCCACACCAUUUUCGACUACAACGUAGGGCUAAACGACAUUGUUCAGCUUCUCGUUCGACAAACCCUGCCUCCUCCUCUUUCAAAAGAUAAAGAGGGGGAGCUUUCUGACUCUGACUCUGGGUGUGGCUCUGCCCAGAGUGAAUCAGACAAGAGCUCCACACACGGAGAGACUGAUGCCCAGUCUGCAGGCACCUCCGCCCAGGGCGAAACACUGGAUCUCAUCGAUCCAGGGUUUGGCCUUUACAAGAUAAAUGAGUUUGUGGAUGCUCGAGACUUGAACAUGGGGGCUUGGUUUGAGGCACAGAUUGUAAAUGUUACCAAGACCACCAAGCCAUCUGCAGCAGAGAAUGGCACAGAGGCGGAAGCUGGGAGCACUGCGAUUGAAGCUGGAGAAGAGGAGAUUCAUUACCACGUCAAAUAUGAGGACUACCCUGAGAAUGGGAUCGUUGAGCUGAAGGCCAAGGAUGUGCGUCCUCGGGCUCGCACCGUUUACCAGUGGCACCAGUUGGAGGAGGGUAUGGUGGUAAUGGUAAACUACAACCCGGAUGAACCCAAGGAACGGGGAUACUGGUAUGACGCUCAGAUACAGAGGAAGAAGGAGACACGCACCCACCAUGAAAUUUAUGCCAAGAUACUGCUUGGGGACGCUGGUGAUUCUCUCAACGAUUGCCGCAUUAUGUUUGUGACUGAAAUUUACAAGAUUGAGGAGCCAGGAAGUUCUGAUGGUUCAGGAGCUGCAUCUGACAGUCCCUUGAAGAGAUCUAAUGGCCCAGAAUGCAAGCGUUGCAAAGAUGACCCCAAAAAGAACUGCCGCUGGUGUAACUGCCACGUGUGUGGGGUGAAGCAGGACCCUGACAAACAGUUACUCUGUGAUGAGUGUGACAUGGCCUUCCACACAUACUGCCUCAACCCACCGCUCACCUCCAUCCCCGAUGACGAAGACUGGUACUGUCCUGAGUGUAGGAAUGACUCUAGCGAAGUGGUACUCGCUGGGGAGAAACUGAAAGAGAGUAAGAAGAAAGCCAAGAUGGCCUCUGCAAGCUCCUCUAGCCAGAGAGACUGGGGCAAGGGCAUGGCAUGUGUCGGCCGCACCAAACAGUGCACCAUCGUCCCCUCCAAUCACUACGGGCCUGUUCCCGGAGUCCCGGUUGGAACUCUCUGGAAAUUUCGUGUUCAAGUCAGUGAGUCUGGGGUCCAUCGACCACAUGUGGCUGGGAUCCACGGCAGGAGCAAUGACGGAGCUUACUCCCUCGUACUGGCCGGUGGCUAUGAGGACGAUGUGGAUGACGGAAACGAGUUUACCUACACCGGCUCCGGUGGCAGAGAUCUGUCUGGUAACAAAAGGACCGCGGAACAGUCCUGUGAUCAGAAACUCACCAACAUGAACAGGGCUUUGGCUCUGAACUGUAACGCUCCCGUAAACGAGAAGGACGGGGCGGAGGCCAAAGACUGGAAGGCAGGAAAACCAGUGCGUGUGGUUCGUAGCUCCAAAGGCCGCAAGCACAGCAAGUACUGCCCUGAGGACGGCAACAGAUAUGAUGGAAUCUAUAAGGUGGUGAAGUACUGGCCAGAGAAGGGCAAGUCAGGAUUUCUGGUGUGGCGCUACUUGCUCAAACGGAAUGACGAUGAACCGGCACCGUGGACUCGUGACGGCAAGGAACGAAUCAAGAAACUUGGCCUCACCAUGCAGUAUCCUGAAGGUUAUCUGGAGGCUGUGGCAGCCAAAGAAAAAGAAAAGGAGAAUAAGAAUGAAGAGGAAGUUAGUGACACGCCUACCAAAGGCAAGAGGAAGAGGAAAUCCCAGGGUGGUAAGUUAAAGGAGAAGACCUCACCAGCCAAAGGCACGCCCAAAAAGAUCAAAGUGGAAGCUUACAAACUGACCAAAGAGCAGAAGGCUUUGAUCAAGGAAGAUGAGCUGAACAAGAAACUGUGGGACGAGGCCAUGGAGUCUUUAAAUCUCGGACCAAGAUUUUUGAACAAAGUGGAGGAAGUCUUUUUGUGCAUUUGCUGCCAAGAGGUUGUGUUCCAGCCCAUCACCACAGAGUGCCAACACAAUGUCUGCAGGGAAUGUCUUCAGCGGUCCUUCAAAGCAGAAGUGUACACUUGCCCGGCUUGCAGAUACGACCUGGGGAAGAGCUACCAAAUGAGUGUGAAUAAAACGCUCCAAGCCAUUCUCAAUCAGCUCUUCCCAGGGUACAGCAGUGGACGAUGA